AUUUUCCCUGUCACAAAGCGAAAGAAACCUAUACACAUAUAUAGAUACACAUGAAUAUACACACAUACACAUAUAUAAUCAUUAUCUUUAUCAUCAAACCCUCAAUUUCGGUCUCCCAAGCGAUCUCCUAAAAUUAAGAAAUUAGGGUUUUUUUAAUCUCAGAUCUGUUCGCAUUUUCCCAAUUUUCAGUCACAAGGGCUACGUUUACAUUAAAGCAAUCGGUGAUUGAAAGUUGUUGGAAUUGAUUGAUACGAUCAAAUUGAAUUGGGGUGGGCCUGUGUCUUCAAUUUGAUGUGUUGCUUUGAUUUCGAUUUCUCCCCUUCUUGUAUUUGUGGAAGAAUUAGAUCUUGAAAUUGGCUCCGCAAAAAAGAUCUAUGCGCCACAUGGGUGGCCAGAUGCAGCAGAGCAAUGCGGCGACUGCCACUGCUCUGUACGAGAACCCGGGACCCACGGUAUCUGGUGGAGAUGCUGGGGACGCCGUGAUGGCGCGGUGGCUCCAGUCGGCAGGGUUGCAGCAUCUGGCCUCUCCAGUGGCAUCCAACACCGUUGAUCAUCGCCUGCUACCUAACCUCCUCAUGCAGGGUUAUGGAGCACAAUCUGCUGAAGAGAAACAGAGGCUUUUCAAACUAAUGAGGAAUCUUAAUUUUAGUGGGGAAUCUGGUUCUGAGCCUUACACUCCAACUGCCCAAAAUUCGGGUGCAUUUGCUGCAUCAGAUGGCAUUUAUUCUCCCGAGUUUAGAGGGGAUUUUGGAGCUGGGCUUCUUGAUCUACAUUCUAUGGAUGAUACUGAGCUUUUAUCUGACCAUGUUAUCUCAGAGCCAUUUGAGACAUCUCCUUUUAUGCCUGCUGUAUCCAAUGCAAUUGAGAGUGACUUUGACAUGAUGGCCAACAGGCUCCAGAAAGUGCAGACAGAUGUGGAUGCUCCUGUUGUAUUUUAUACAAAUGAAAAAGAAAGCAGUACAAGGGAAAACAACGUGGCUAAGAUUAAAGUUGUGGUGCGCAAAAGACCUCUUAAUAAAAAGGAAAUUGCCCGUAAGGAGGACGAUAUUGUCACCGUAUGUGAUGAUUCUUCUUUAACUGUGCAUGAACCCAAGUUAAAGGUGGAUCUGACCGCCUAUAUAGAGAAACACGAGUUCUGCUUUGAUGCCGUUCUGGAUGAGAAUGUAGCAAAUGAUGAGGUAUACCGCGUAACGGUGGAGCCAAUUAUCCCUACCAUAUUUCAGCGUACAAAAGCAACAUGUUUUGCAUAUGGUCAGACAGGGAGCGGUAAGACUUACACUAUGAAGCCACUACCUCUUAGAGCUGCUGAAGAUCUUGUUAGAUUGUUGCACCAGCCAGUUUAUCGUGGUCAAAGAUUCAAGCUAUGGCUUAGCUUUUUUGAAAUAUAUGGUGGAAAGCUCUUUGAUCUUCUAAGUGAUAGAAAGAAACUUUGUAUGAGAGAAGAUGGGAGGCAACAGGUUUGCAUUGUUGGACUACAAGAAUUUGAAGUAUCAGAUGUGCAGCUCGUGAUGGAUUAUAUUGAGAGGGGAAAUGCCUCUAGAAGUACAGGUUCGACUGGUGCUAAUGAGGAGUCAUCGAGGUCACAUGCAAUAUUGCAACUGGUUGUGAAGAAGCACAAUGAGGUGAAAGACUCUAGGCGGAAUAAUGAUGGAAAUGAGUCCAAGGGUGGGAAGGUUGUUGGGAAGAUCUCCUUCAUUGAUCUUGCUGGUAGUGAGAGAGGUGCUGAUACAACUGAUAAUGACCGACAAACACGGAUUGAAGGAGCAGAAAUCAACAAGAGCCUUUUGGCUUUGAAGGAGUGUAUUCGUGCUCUUGACAAUGAUCAGAUCCACAUUCCAUUCCGUGGGAGCAAACUCACUGAGGUGCUUCGUGACUCCUUUGUUGGCAACUCAAGAACCGUUAUGAUCUCUUGCAUUUCUCCUAACGCUGGUUCCUGUGAGCAUACCCUUAAUACAUUGAGAUAUGCUGAUAGGGUUAAAAGUCUUUCCAAAAAUGGAAACCCAAAGAAGGAUCAAGCUAGUUCAUCACCGUCUAUUAUCAAGGAAUCUUCAUCAGCACCAUCUCCAUCUUUUGGUGCUGAUACAGAGGAUGUUUAUGAGAAAGGUCAAGAGUCUAAAGCAGUGGAUACAAAUAGAAGGGAUCUAAGGAAGGAAACUUAUAAUGUUUCUACUGAUUAUGACAAACCACCCUCAAGCUUUUCUUCUAACACUGCCUUUAAUGCUCAUGAGGAAACUGGCGUGACUUCUUCUGCUUUGGAGAAGGAGCGGUUUGAUGUGAGAAGUUCUGUGAUUUCUACUGGUCAGAAGACAUACUCGACAUUAUAUUCACAGAAUUCUGCUGAUACGGAAGAAAAGGUUCAGAAAGUGUCUCCACCUCGGCGGAAAGUUUACAGGGAUGAAAAGCUGGGAAUUGGUUCUAAAAGAGAUGCUGCUAAUUCUGAUUUGCCAACAACCACAAGUUAUAAACAGCAAAUCACAAACAAUUCUAACGCAGCUAGUAUUGGCUCAUUUCCUGGUUUAAAAAGAGAUGGUGCUAGUUCUGAUUUGCAAACCACAAGUCAUAAACAGCAAAUCUCGAAUAAUCCUAAUGCAGUCAGUAGUGGCUCCAAACAGUCAGAACUCGAGCCUCCUGAUGAAAGCAUAAAUGAGAUACUCGAGGAAGAAGAGGCCCUGAUUGCAGCCCAUAGAAAAGAAAUUCAAGAUACAAUGGAGAUAGUUCGUGAAGAAAUGGAACUGUUAGCGAAAGUUGAUCAACCGGGAAGCCAUAUUGACAAUUAUGUCACCCAAUUGAGCUUUGUGCUCUCACGCAAAGCAGCAAGUCUGGUCGGCCUUCAAGCUCGCCUGGCAAGGUUCCAGCAUCGGCUGAAAGAACAGGAAAUUCUGAGUCGAAAGAGGGUACCUCGUUAAGGCAAUAUUUAAAUGCCAGUUGUGCCACAAUUCUAACUCCUGCCGUGUACUUUGCUUGUUACUUUGGUUUUUUAAUCACAUACAGCUUAAUUUUACUGGCAAUACAUGUAUACAAGUCGCCUGGCAAAGUUUGUAUUUGUUCUGCAGAAGGAAAAAAGUAAUAGAUCUGGUGGAAAAUAUAUUCCGAACUGGCACAACUUGUACCAUGCUGCAUUCGCGAAGAAGAAAACUAUGUCUUGGAUGAGGAUUCAAGCCUGGACUUUGGAGAUUUACGCCCAUCUUGCAUUGGGUAGUUGUUUGUUAAAUGAUGCAAGGAUUCAUGUUUGUUGGUGAAAGUGUAUUAUGAAAAAUAUUUCGACUGAAUUGAAUCUUGAUUUGUUCUUAUGGAGCGUUGUUGGUAGGUUCGGUAGGAUUCUAGCUGUUGGCUGCCUGAAUGAUUUGAAGAGGCUUUUACUUUUAUAGCAAAAUGAAAACAUAAUAAUUUCACUGGUUUAUCAUUGAUGUACUAUAAAACCUUUGCAUUUCUUCAAUUUCUA